AGUUACCGCUGUGGUGUGCACGACCCGCAGGGCUGUUUGACAGACACUCUGGACACAGAGAGACAAGUCGCCUCACCGUGACACGCUGGCUGCAUCAUACCGAUUUUGACCUAACAGCAGAUUACGGGGUACGGAAAUGAUCGUCUCCUGCGUACCGUCAUCAACAUAAUUGAGUUUGCUUCAAGGACCAUAUGCUAUUCUGCCUUAUUCUGUCCUUGUAAAUAAGCUUGUGGCCGCAUCCACUGAAUGCUGUAUUGAACUAGACAGAGAUUGGUUUGUAAAGGGAUUGAGAAUCGCAGUGACAGAGGACAGACGCACGGACGUUAUGGUGAAUACAUAAAUUAGAAACCCUAUCGCAACAUUUAGACUACCACUGGAUCUAUACUCUUCAUUUUGUGAGGAGCCAAGAUUGUGAAUGAGAGCUGUAUCAGACCGAUUCUUAUUUCAGAGUUGCAUCUUUCCAUUAGGUUCAGACAAAUAUUUCCGUAUAUGCGGUAACGGAUUGUAUUCGACUCUCCCUUGGAUUACUCUCUUAUGACUCCUAUUUGAGUGUAAUUUCAGCAAACCCCAUGCAUGCAGUGAUACAACUUGUUCACUACUCAUCAUUGGUCCUCUUCUCUCCCCUUGGAUCUUAAUGUAUGCUGCAGUGGGCUCUGACAUAAAUAUGGCGAGCCUCGACCUCCUUCACAGACCGUCACGGUGAAUGGAUGGACACACAAAGGCACAAGGAUCUCAGCUCAGAGAGUGAAUUAAAGCCUCUUCCAUCUGCACAGCGGGGGAAAGGGCCUCUGUGGAGCCGGGAAGGCACAAGCCAGAGGUCGAUAGCGAGAGAGAAGUAAUGCUGCUUCGGUGAUUGUCUUUCAGUCUGAGCCACUCACCUUUCCUGCCAUGGUGCUACGGUCAGCUCUCUGUCCUCCUGAUGCUCUCUCAGUGGGAACGUAGAGAGACACACACUGGAGACACACUCUCCAGCUCCACACACACCCACACACCUCCACGAGGAGUGUGGACAGACCACAUGCAGAGAUCUCAUACACACACACACUCAGGAGCACAACACACCUUUGUUGUAUGUUUUUGCCUGAUAGGUCAUUAUUUGUCCCUUCCCAGAAUUGGAUUAAUAUUUUAUAUUGUGACACUCUCUGCUGUUUGAUUGGACCUCUCAGAAGCUUUAGGGUUGUUGUCCUGCUGCUUUAUGGUUCUGUCUCUCUGGGACGUUGUGACUGAGCGGCAGGUAGAGCCAGCAUGGCUAGGCCUUUGCUGAAGAUUCAGCGCUACUUCCGGAGGAAACCUGUGCGCUUCUUCUCCUUCAUCCUCCUGUACCUGACAGCCGGGAGCCUGGUGUUCCUGCACUCUGGCUUCGUAGGGGACAACUCCACAGGGGCCAAUGGGGGCCGGGACCCCCUGGUGGCGUCUGAGAUGGGGAACAGGGUGGCCUCCUCAGAUGGCCGGCGGGUAGGGAUGAUGGGAAGGGUGUUCAAGGAGAACCGCAGACCCACCCCGAGGAGGUACGGCCCUCCAUGGAUGAAAGGAGCUGCUGGGAAGGACAGCCAUGAUUGGAGGGCCCGGGGAGGAGACUACACAAGCAGCUGGAACCGCGCCCUCAAAGGACGCAACGCCAAAGAUCUGGACGACGGACGGGCGAAUUACAUCGGCUGCUAUAUAGACAACACGGCGAAAAGAGCACUCAGGGGUGUGUCCUUUUUUGACUACAAGAAAAUGACGGUCUUCCGUUGCCAGGACAACUGUGCUGAAAGGGGAUACCUGUAUUCAGGCCUAGAGUUUGGGGCGGAGUGCUACUGUGGCCACAAGAUCCAGGCCCCCAAUGCAUCUGAGAGUGAAUGCAACAUGGAGUGUAAGGGCGAGAAGGGCAACCUGUGUGGAGGUGCCAACCGCCUGUCAAUCUACAGACUGGAGCUGAGCCAGGAGUCAGCGCGCCGUUAUGGGAGUGCCAUCUUUAAGGGGUGCUUCCACAGACCUGACAACGUCACCCUCGCCCUGCCCAUCAGCGCUGUUAUCCAGAACAUGUCAGUGGAGAAGUGUGUGGACUUUUGCACAGAGAAGGAGCUGUCUCUAGCGGUUCUAGCUGGAGACAGGUGUCUCUGUGGGUUCCCCACCCCCCACUUCUCCCUCCAUGAGAUGGAGGAUGAGGAAAUGUGCCUGCACCGCUGCCAUGGUGAAGAGUUUGAGAGCUGUGGGAAUGACAAGUACUUUGUGGUGUACCAGACACAGGUCCAAGAUAACCGUUGUAUGGACCGGCACUUCCUGCCCACGCGCUCCAAGCAGCUGAUGGCCCUUGCCAGCUUCCCCGGGGCUGGCAACACCUGGGCCCGCCACCUCAUAGAGCUGGCCACUGGCUUCUACACAGGCAGCUACUACUUUGAUGGCUCACUCUACAACAAAGGCUUCAAAGGUGAGCGAGACCAUUGGCGGAGUGGUAGGAACGUCUGCAUUAAAACACAUGAGAGCGGCAAGAAGGAGAUUGAAGCCUUUGACGCCAGCAUCGUCAUGAUCCGCAACCCUUAUAAAGCGCUCAUGGCUGAGUUCAACCGCAAGUACGGCGGCCAUAUUGGAUUUGCCUCACAGGCCCACUGGAGAGGGAAAGAGUGGCCUGAGUUUGUGAAGAACUAUGCUCCUUGGUGGGCAUCCCACACACUGGACUGGCUGCGUUAUGGGAGAAACGUCCACGUGGUCCACUUUGAAGAGCUGAAGAGGGAGCUGUUCUCCAAGCUCAAGGACAUGGUCCUGUUUCUGGGCCUGGAGGUGGCCGAGGACCGCCUGCUCUGUGUAGAGGGACAGAAGGAUGGCAACUUCAAGCGCUCUGGCCUGCGCAAGCUGGAGUACGACCCGUACACACCCGAGAUGCGUGCUAGCAUUGACGAACUGGUCAUGACUGUAGACGCUGCCCUUAAGAAGAGGAACAUGGCCGGGGUGCCCAAGGAGUACCGACCAACUUCGAGAUGAUAUGAUCUCCUUUCCUUUCCCUCUCUCUCUCUCUUUCUCACUCUGUUAUUAUAUCUCUUCCCUUUGCACAUAUUGUUCUGGCAUCAAUGGCAUCCAUGUCCAAAAAUUCACAUGAACUGAAAAUCUAUGUGAGGAAAUACAUUUGUAUUUAAAGUACUUCCCUAUUCCCCUCCACCUCUUUAUUUGUCUCCUUAUUUCUCACAUCCUUUUUUCUUUAUUAGUUUAACUGGCUGAUUAUGACAACAGCAUCAUGAUGUAUACUGCAUUAGAAAUGACAUUUAGCUACUUGGCUGAUGAACAUGGAUUCAUUGGGGAACUCAAAUAAGGACCAAUGAGAAGCACUUCCCCCUCUAUGCACAUGUAUGUGUUGUGCACUAUGACUUAACAUUAAGGUACAGUAGCUGUGUUGGAAGCACAUCCAAGUACAUAAUGGUUGGAUUACUGUUAGCUGACCAAAAGGAGCAAAUUCCUGUUAAUCUGAAAGUGAUGAUUAAAAAGAACUGUAAGAAGUCUAUGUGUAUGCAUAAUGUAUGUUAUUGAAUAGGAUCUGCUGCUAUCACAGAUUAGAAUAACAAAUACUAUUUUAUGAAAUGGUUUAAAAAUGGUCACAAAACCUUUUAAUGGUCUGUCAUUUUCCGACUAAAUGUUUUGUUUUGUUAGAGCUGAAAUAUACUAUAUGUAUACUUCC